CUGUCACACCCCUUUUCGUGCCUUGUCCUUGUGGUCAAAUGCAAGAAAAUAAGACAUAUUCUUGCAUUUUAAUAACAAACUAUUUAACAUACGUUGCAUCCUAGCAGCACCAUGGGAAAAUAUUUUCAUGCUUUCAUACUUAUUUGUUCUGGUUCAUGUUUCAUCAUCUCUCCACUCAUGGCAGGUGAUUUGAGGAAUGAUGUGGUCGUGGCACGUGAGGACACGUCUGUCAUUCUGUCCUGCUUUGAUUCACCACCCACAUCUUCUGUAAUGGUUACCUGGAAGAUGAUGACAACGAGGGAGGAUCGCUGGACAUAUUUGUUAUCAGCCAAGUGCACCGAUGGACAAACAGAUGGAAGCAGCAUAGAAUCUGGAGGCAGAACUUUUGAGAUCUCUGCAGAUGCCUCACUGAUCUUCAGGGCCACAGCAGCUGCGCAAGGACACUACGCCUGUGAGAUAAAACAGGAUGACAAGAAGCUACAUGAGAGGGUUGUUCUUCUCGCCCUGAUUAAAUUAACUGUCACUCCCACGCCCCCUGUCACAGUGGACAGUACUCUGAGACUGGCAGCUCAGGUGUCUCCCUCCUCCGUGGCUGCCUGGGGAACGUGGGUGUCUCCCUCGGGUGAACAGCUACACACUGAAAUCUCCUAUGGAACGGGCAGUCUGCUCAGCAAGCUGCCUCGCGUCACCAGUAAAGACAACGGAGUCUAUACCUGCAGAAUCCGUGUCUCUGGUAACAGUGACAGAUCUGUCUCGGAGCACCGGGUGAAUGUGACAGUGAAUGUGAAAGCAGUGUUUUCUUUCACAGACAUCACACAUGGAGUCGAAAGGUCUUUGGCAGCCCUCUCUCAUUCACUGGUCACUCUAACAUGUCCGUCUGUCCUUGGUGAUUAUGUGUUGGUCUAUUGGGUGAAGGCUGAUACAGAAAUAAUGGAGCUCAUAUUCCAGUUUGACCGCUGGAGGCGGAGCUACACAAACCAGACCAAACCCCAACUUCGUCUGAUAGACCCCGCCUCCCUGGCUGCUGCUGGGAACUUCUCCUUCCUGUUAAGGCCGACCCGGAUGGAUGGAGGACUUUACUUGUGCGAAGUCUUUCUAGAUGACAAGGUUUUCAGUCAAGCCAACAGACUCAGCGUUUUACAUGGAUACCCCAAGUCAUCCCGCACCACUCUGGAUCUGUCUUGUGUGUACUCUGAGCGAUCUCAAGUCAAAAAUGUAACGUGGUCGUAUGUUAAGAAUUCCACUCGCUCUCUGCGAUCACGUAGAGUUGUGGGCCGGAUCACAACCUCUGUAGCGCUCCCUGUGACCCCUGAGAGAGCUGGAGAGUAUGCCUGUACUCUGUAUCUGGAAAAUGGAAACUCGGUGCAAUAUACAUACACCGUCACAAUGACCAAUAUAGAACCAACCAUUUCUCCAGGCUCUGCACUGCCACCUGCAGUCUUUCUCACUCUCCCCCCAGCAGAUGAUUCACUACACCCUUAUGUUUCCACCUUCUCAUUCCUGCUGUUUCUGAUCCCCCUGAUUGCCGUAGCUGUUGGGGUGUUGCUAUGGAGACAGGGCUUUUGCGUCACCCGUCGAAGUAAGGCCCCGUUUUUGUCUUUCCCCCCCGAGUCUGUCCAUCAGAGAUCUGAAGGCUGUCAGUUCACCCAGGCAGAUGUUGAUGGACAGAACAAACCACACUGGAUUAAGUGUGAUAUGAAACCCUCGUGUGUCUGUGUUCAUGUAGAUGUCAAGCAAUCACAGUCUCACCACUCCAGAGAGGUGGAGAACAUCUAUGAAAAUCCUGAUGAUCUAAGACAGCAGACACCUCCCCAAGGCGCAGUCUACAUGGAUCUCAAGCCAAUGGGUGAAACUGAUGUAUAUAAAGAAUUAGAUAGGUGAAACAUGAUUGGCUGCGGCUUGCGGGGUGGGGGUUACAUACUCUCUGUGCAUUAAUCAUCCUAAAAAUGUUUUCUUUCUCUCUCUCUCUUUCUCUUUCUCUCUCUCUCUCUCUCUGUGUGUGUGUGUGUUUUCAUUUCAGAUACAACCAGUGCAGUGGUUGAGUUUAUUAAACAUAUAAUGUAUAUUGAGAUAAAGUAACUGUAUUUGAAAUACAACUUGUAAUUGACUUGUGUCUUAAUCUGUCAGUUAACUGUUACUAGUAUGGCACUCCUUCAAAGUUUCUCAUACGUUUUUAAUGACUUUUUCUCAUUUCAUCUUUUCUUUCUAUUUCUUAUGUUUUUUUCUUAUAGCAGUUUUAUUGUACUGUCAAUAAUAGUGCACUGUAAGAAAAAUAUGUUGGGAAAAGGGUAUAAAGUUAAAAUAAGGAUAUUUUCAGUGUGAUACUUUACUUUUAACCACAAAACACAAUACAAUGUAAUUCAAAAUAUGUGUAAAACACCUUUGAAAAUGUCUGUAAAUGUACAACUAUGGUUACCACUGUGUAAAGUUACAAUAAAUUCAUAUGGCAGUUGAUAA